GGCCGCAGACUUUCAGCCGUGAUAAUACUCACACACUUGUUAUUUUCUGAUGAUAUAAGCUAAUAUUUUAAAAUUCGUGGCAGAAAUGGGUUUAUCACAGAGUUCAGAAGUAUCCGAAGGAGGAACAUAUGGAUACCAUGUGCACGGCGUGCAGCCCAGUUCCCCUGCAGAGAAGGCCGGACUGCAGCCCUUCUUCGACUUCAUUCUGUCUCUGGACAACAGAAGACUGAACGAGGAAAAUGACCUCCUGAAGGAGCUUCUGAAAGCCAACAUGGAGAGAGCGGUGAGGAUGGAGGUGUACAGCACUAAGACCACCAGAGUUCGCGAGCUGGAGGUGGUGCCCAACAACAUGUGGGGAGGACAGGGCCUGCUAGGUGCCAGUGUUCGCUUCUGCAGCUACCAAGGAGCCAAUGAGAAUGUCUGGCACGUUCUGGAUGUGGAAGCCAGUUCACCCGCUGCACUGGCAGGGCUUCAGCCACACAGUGACUACAUCGUUGGAGCAGAUCAGGUGUUGCAAGAUUCAGAAGACUUCUUCUCGCUGAUUGAGGCCCACGAAGGGAAGCCCCUGAAGCUGCUUGUGUACAACACACAAACAGACGGAUGCAGGGAGGUGCUGGUCACACCAAAUGGAGCGUGGGGUGGAGAGGGCAGCUUGGGUUGUGGCAUUGGUUAUGGCUACUUGCACCGAAUCCCUGCACCGCCUGACACACCGAUGGCCAAUCAAUCGACCCCUGUUCCUGAGGAGGAACCCUCCCCGAAGCUGCCUACCCACGGAUUCACAGAGGCGCCUUUGAUGGCACCUUCAAGCCAAAGUGAAGAUGUGUUAGACCUGGAGCAGGUCACCCUUCAGGAGGCUCCUCUACCUCCACCCAUUCAGAGAGUCAUGGACCCUGGUUUCUCAGACUCUGAAGUGGCAGUGAUGAACCCUGACGCUGCAGAUUUGGUGGACAGGCUUGAUCUGUCUGUGUCGUCCAUUGACAUGACCAACACUUCACUGGCUAUGCAUGAGGAGAAGGAUGGUGAAAUCUCUGGAGUUGAGGAGCUGGAGGACAGUGUGCUGCUUUCAUCGUCAGCGGACAACCAGACUGACCCACAACAGCUGAGCCCCCAGGCAGCCAUGGACCUCACUUCUGCUCUAUCUUCCACUGACGCUUCGUCAGAUUCAGGCAUCCCACCAGCUGAACCAUCUCUUCUGGUCCCAGAGUCCACAGACCUCCUCGUCUCGCUCUGCGAGUCUAGCGAUAGCCCAAGUCCACCUAUGGGUGCAUUACCUCCCCCCGUAGAGUCCCCUGAGCCUCCUGCUGAGCCCUCUGUCCCAGCUGAAGACCCUCCCUGCCCAUCCCCGGUCGAUCUCCUCCAACCCUCUGCUGUGAAUGAGUCGAUGGCGGAGGACUCUCCUGCUCAAGCCAUCGAGGAUGCAACAGGGCCAGUGGAGGAGUCCACGGAGCCUCUGGAUGUGGCUCCUGCUGACCACUGCAGCCAUGAGAGCGACGAGAUGGAACCAGAAGAGCCGCCUCUUGAGUAAGCUUGCAUCAGGCCAUACAAAAAGUGCAAAAAUGCAAAGUGAAGUUGACAAUCAGUGGGGCUUUUUGAAGAAACAUUACACAGGAAAUACAGGACAGUCGGAGGGAAAUGCUGUCGAUUUGACACUGAUAGUCUUACAAUGAGUGCAUAAGGUUAGUUGCACGAUAGAAACCAGCUAAAGCAUCUAAGUAGAACACUUUGAAGCACUGUAGGACCAUCCUAUUUGUUUUAUACAUGAAAAUUUAAAGUUACUACUAAUUUCUUCGGCAAGAUUACGAUGUGAUCCACAUUUUACCUUGCGUGGUGCGAAAUUGGAACAAUGCGGGUGACGCGACUUUGCCUCUGGUACACAAAUGUGAUGAAUACUUGAACACUUCCAAAGAUAAACACAUACAUUUACUACAGCAAAGCACAGCUGCACCUUAAGAUCCAGAACACUAUCAGUUUUGAAGCUACCAUACUGUUGGCAGAAAAUGAUUCCCACAAUACAGCUAAAAAAAGCUAAUUUACAAGAUUAUAUGAGGGAACUUUCACUGUAGUUCGUGGCCAUGUAUUGGAUUUUAAAGUGUUUUUUAUGUGGUAUGAGGGAAAUAAUUGUCCACUUGUACUGUGUGAAACCAGUCAGUACAAGCUUUUAAACCAGCUUUGAUGAGGUCAAUAUUUUUUAAACACUAUCUUUCAUUUGAUUUAUUCAGCCAGGCAGUCUGCGACCUGCUUGAAAAUAAUUUUUAUUGCUUGUAUUGUUGGUAUUAAGUCCCCAUGUCUCCUUCAACACUGUCUUUACUUUGUAAUUUUGUGAUCUAUGCAACAGUAGAGUACCGCCUGUGACUCGACAGGUAAUGUGUAAAUCCAGUAGACGACAGACCUUUCAUAUAGACUAUGUAAGAAUUCUGGUAACAGUGAUGCUGCUGUUGAAUAAUUGUUCUCUGUUUUUCUGGGGUGGGGGCUUCUUAAUGUUUUUCACAGUCAAAGUAGGUGCUAGUGUGUAAAAUAAGGAAAAGUAUUUUUGCAGAUAUUUUAUCAAUUAAUUGUAUGUUUUAUUAGGAAUGAGUGCAGAGUCUUUUGAUGAAUGUGAAAUGGGUGAAUCUUUGAUGGUUAAAACAAUCAUAUCACU